GAAUCCCGCUCCCCCCUGCGGCCUGGGUCGGCGGCCCUUGCGUUCCGUGUGGUUUGUGGCUCAGGCAGCAGCUGCGCACGGAAGCGGAUUUCGGGUGUCCGGCACCCGGGUUUUCCUACACCGCUGACUUAGGGCUGGUUCUGACCGUGGUUGCUGCUGGCAACGUACACUUCCGGGAGCGAGUGCCGGCCCCAGCCCGCCGGACGCCCGAACCCGGGGUUCCAACCUCCACAGCGGUUAGGUAGCCGCUGCUCGCCGCCGGGGAAGACCUCGACCCAGCCUGCAGGUCGCCUGUCGCGGUCCUUUUCGUCGCCUCGGCGGGGCCUCCAGGGCCGCCAUGGUUCUACUGCACGUGAAACGAGGCGACGAGAGCCAGUUCCUCCUGCAGGCGCCGGGAAGCGCGGAGCUGGAGGAGCUCACGGCGCAGGUGGCCCGGGUCUACAACGGGCGGCUCAAGGUGCAGCGUCUCUGCUCAGAAAUGGAAGAAUUAGCAGAACAUGGCAUAUUUCUCCCUCCCAAUAUGCAAGGACUGACAGAUGAGCAGAUUGAAGAACUGAAAUUAAAAGAUGAAUGGGGCGAAAAAUGUAUUCCCAGUGGAGGUUCAGUAUUUAAAAAGGAUGACAUUGGACGAAGGAAUGGACAAGCUCCAAAUGAAAAAAUGAAGCAAGUUUUAAAGAAGACUAUAGAAGAAGCCAAAGCAAUAAUAUCUAAGAAACAAGUGGAAGCCAGUGUCUGUGUCACCAUGGAGAUGGUCAAAGACGCCCUGGACCAGCUUCGAGGUGCAGUGAUGAUUGUUUACCCCAUGGGGUUGCCGCCCUAUGAUCCCAUCCGGAUGGAAUUUGAAAAUAAAGAAGAUCUGUCGGGAACUCAGGCAGGACUCAGUGUCAUUAAAGAAUCAGAGGCGCAACUGUGGUGGGCAGCCAAGGAGUUAAGAAGAACAAAGAAGCUUUCAGAAUAUGUAGGGAAAAAUGAAAAAACCAAAAUUAUUGUCAAGCUUCAGCAAAGGGGACAGGGAGCACCAGCCCGCGAACCUAUUAUUAGCAGUGAGGAGCAAAAGCAGCUGAUGCUGUAUUAUCACAGGCGACAGGAGGAGCUCAAGAAAUUGGAAGAAAAUGAUGAUGACACCUCUUUAAAUUCUCCAUGGGCAGAUAACACUGCUUUGAAAAGACAGUUUCAUGGGGUAAAGGACAUAAAAUGGCGACCAAGAUAAAGCUCACCAGUUGCUGAAGCGUUCAAAACUACUAUCCCACCUUUCUUUUAGGUAAAAUAAUUACCAUCUUUGAUGAAAAAUAUUGAAAUUUCUACUUUCCUAGUUUUCACUCUGAUUUUUAAAAUAACAGUUAUUCAAAGUUCUUAGAACUUAAUAAAUAUAUCCUCAAAAGAAAA